GAGAUGUCGAGGUGCUUUUAGCUUGUUUUAUUGAUGAUAAUGUUAAGUAUAUGGUGGUUAUAUUUACAAUUUUACCCCCAAAAAAAAUUUGAAAAAUGACAAAAAAAAGGUAAAUUUGAAAAGAAUAAUAUUUUUUUAAAGUAAUUUGGCUAAUUCAAAAAAAAAAAAGUUAUUGAAUUACACUGUGUGAAAUGUUUGUUUGACCAGUAAAUUUGGGUAAGAAGCCUAUACAAGUAGUCAAGUACCGUAUCAAUCGGUUUAGUCUUCAUCGCCACGUAGACAACAGCCAUGCUCCACCAACCAAAACUCGACACAUCAUCAACAUUUCCACGUGUAGAAAACUGAUUUGCUCAGGCUACUCCUCCAACGUGGCAGCAGGAAGCUAAAACGCCUCUUUGCAUCCAAAGCCCACAAAACGAUCAUCGACAUCGUCGGAAAUCAGAAAAAAUAUAAAUCGGAACAAUCGUCGGAGCUCCACCGGGCAUCCGUAAAGAGCUUCAUCGUGGCUCCUUCCGGCCAAAAUCAACAGCAUAAUACACUUACUAGAAGGAAAUCAGCACCGCCGUCGACGUUGAAUCAAGCUGCGGCAUCGGGGUCGAAGCGAAUAGUACUUAAAGAAUCUUCAUCUGAAUCGGAACUUGAUCUUCCAUUUUGGCAAAGAACCUGGUUCAUAUUGCUAUUACUUCUCAUGGCAAUUUCAUUCUUCGGUCUCGCUCUCUUCCUUUUUCUCACGCUUGAUUCUGAUUAUGUAUCUACGCCUGUUUCCGCUGCUUCCGAAGGUGUCCAGAUUACAUAUGGAUCCACGAUUAAGUUGAUGCAUGAGAAGACAAAGUUUAGGUUGCAUUCCCAUGAUGUGCCAUAUGGUUCUGGCAGUGGACAGCAAUCAGUCACUGGAUUUCCCGGCGUAGAUGAUGCUAACAGUUACUGGGUUGUUAGGAGUACCGACUCGUCCAAGCAAGGUGAUCCUAUUAAGAGUGGAAGUAUCAUCAGGCUGCAACAUAUGAAGACCAGAAGAUGGUUGCAUAGCCAUUUGCAUGCAUCUCCCAUAUCAGGGAAUAUGGAGGUCAGCUGCUUCGGUGAUGACAAUGAAUCUGAUACUGGGGACUAUUGGAGACUCGAAAUUGAGGGCAGUGGGAAAACUUGGAGGCAAGACCAAAGAAUCAGGUUUCAGCAUGUGGACACUGGAGGUUAUCUCCACAGUCAUGACAAGAAAUACACCCGAAUUGCUGGAGGUCAGCAAGAGGUUUGCGGUGUUAGAGAAAAACGUGCAGAUAAUGUUUGGUUGGCAGCAGAGGGUGUCUACUUCCCAGUUACUGAAAGCAAGUAAAGAUCUUUGAAUGGCAUGAGUUCUCUGGAUCACAUACAAUUUUCUUUUGCUUUUUGCCUCAUAUUGGAGGUGGCUCUGAGUACAUCUUUCUUCGUGGUCAUCGUCAUUCAAUAGAAGUAUUUCCUAACGGCUUGUUAGCUGAAUUUUCUCUGUAGAAACAGACUAAUUAAUAGUGUACCCAGACUUUACUAGUAUUUUCCGCUGUUGAAAGCAUUUUCUCUGUUGCAAAUGGUAACAAUUAAGUGAUAAUUCUUUCCUGCUCUC